UCCCGUGUGGUGUGUCAGUGACAAACAAACCGACCCAACGCUCAGAGAUACACUCGGCUUUUAAAAUUAUUACAAGCGUUACAUCCAAACAAUACCAGAUAGAAAGAGGGAUUCAUGAAGGGAACAAGGCAUGCACGCAUGCGUUAAUGUGUGUGUGUGUGCAGAUAUUCCAAGGUGUUGGAGGUUUUCGAGGAAUUAAAAGUGGGCUGAUGGAGCUGAUGGCACACGGAGGGCUGGGCAAUGACUUCUGACUGCCUGCAUUGUUGCAUGUUUCCUGGAAUGGAAUAUUUUUUAUCCUCAUUCAUCAAAAGGAAUUAUUGAUAGACUUUUUUCACUCUCAAUGGUGCUUGAAGGAGAGAUGGACGGCAUCGGGAACACCAUGCAAAAGAAGGCUGCAGAGCUGGAGCGGCUGGCCGAGGUGCUCGUCACUGGAGAACAGCUGAGGCUGCGGCUCCACGAGGCGAAGGUGAUCAAGGAUCGACGGCACCACUUGCGAACUUACCCAAACUGCUUUGUGGCCAAGGAGCUCAUUGAUUGGCUGAUCGAACACAAGGAGGCCUCAGACCGAGACACGGCCAUCAAGAUCAUGCAGAAACUUUUGGACCAGAGCAUCAUUCACCACGUGUGUGACGAGCACCGAGAGUUCAAAGACCUGAAGCUGUUUUACCGUUUCCGGAAAGACGACGGCACGUUCCCGUUGGAUAGUGAGGCCAAAGUCUUCAUGAGGGGGCAGAGGAUCUAUGAGAAGUUGAUGAACACAGAAAACAGCCUGUUACAAACCAGGGAGGAAGAGGGCGGGUCGUUCGAGCGGGCGCUGGUGGCCUCUGAGUUCAUCGACUGGCUGCUGCAGGAGGGGGAGAUGGCAACCAGGGAGGAGGCAGAGCAGCUGGGACGGAGGCUUCUUGAACAUGGCAUCAUCCAGCACGUCACCAACAAACACCACUUUGCUAACGGGCCCCUCCUCUACCAGUUCAGGAUGAAUUUCCGGCGACGACGACGGUUGAUCGAACUUCUUCACGAGCGAAGCCGCAGCAUCCCCGAGAGUCACGACAGCCCCUUCUGUCUCCGCAAACAGAACUCAGAUGGAGGCAACACCAGCUUCCUCUCAGUGAGUCCCACUAAAGAGAUUAAGGUGGUGGUCGGAGUCCGGCGGAGCAGCAUGAGCAGCAGCUGUGGCAGCAGCGGUUAUUACAGCAGCAGUCCGACGCUCAGCAGCAGUCCACCUGUGCUUUGCAACCCCAAGUCUGUUCUGAAAAGACAAGUGAGUCCAGAGGAGCUGCAGACACCAGGAGGACCUUUUAUAAAGAAGACAUUCACUAUCGUAGGUGAUGCUGUGGGCUGGGGCUUUGUGGUGCGAGGCAGCAAACCGUGUCACAUCCAGGCUGUGGACCCUGGUGGACCUGCAGCUGCUGCUGGCAUGAAGGUGUGUCACUUUGUGGUGUCGGUGAACGGGCUGAGCGUCCUCUCUCACGACUACCGGACCGUCAGCAGCCUGAUCCUGACCGGACCCCGGACAAUCGUCAUGGAGGUGAUGGAGGAGGCAUAAGUUUAAGGAGUGCCAUGACAGAAUCUCUCAUAGAUGAGUAGUGCAGUAAUAAUACGGGGACGGUUUAGUACUUGACCUCAAAAACCACAACAGGACAGAGCAACGCGGACGACUUGAAACCCAACUCGCACUCUAUCGGUUCCAAAGGUGGAGGACUGAGAGACGGAGUGUGUUCAAGAAUGUGUGUUUCCAAGUCCAGUAAAUUAUUCAACCAGUAGACAAAACACGCAGGUUGUACUUUAUUUUUUUUCUUUGAAUUUAGAGGCGCACACAUAAAAAGGUGAGGUGCAACUGCUUCAAUGUGCCCACAAAGACUCUGUGUUCAUGAAGAGGCCCCAGACUUUAUGUGUGGACUACCCAUGUUCCCUGUUCCCUGUUCUGAACCAGAACUGUUUCAGGAAUCUUUUUGCUGAACAUGACAAGGAUUCAAAGAAUGAGAUGAAGUUUGUCAUUACAACCAGGAGAUGACCAAGUGCAAGCUGAAACCAACAAUAAGGAAGAAUAUUUCAUGCUGACAGUCAAUGACCUCUCCCCCAGUUAGUUUCCAUCGAAGCUCCUGAUGGCUCAACGCUGUCCUCUGCUGGGAGAGACCGGAAGACACAGAGAGGGAGCAUUAUACUGCAACGACCUUAAUCACAAAAUCUGAAUUCUUUGUUUUUUUGUUGUUUUGGGAAACCAGUGUCUUUAAAUAGAAGAAAAAAAGACCCUUCCCUUGUCGCGUGAAAGAAAUUAACGAAUAAAUUGAUACCCAGGUAGAUUUACAUGUAGCUGCUAGAAUUAGUUAGUUUACCUAAUAAAAGUGCAGUGCUAAACUGUAUGUGACAUUAACAGGCACAAUGUAUAUAGAAAAGUAACAAAAGACUUAACGCACAAACGCACUGAAGUCCUGCUUUAGAAGAAGCCUCAUUGUUGUGCAAAUUUCAAGAAGCUACAGCACUUACAACAUCUUAGAGACUUUUCAAAACGUUUUUUAAAAGGAUUAUUUACCCCUGAUUUCUAUUGGUGUCUUUUAGUUUUUUAAGAUGACACAUGAUUUGAAAGCCAGAAACGUCCGCAAUGACAUAAGAUGUCAUUAUUUGUUUGUUAAAAAGAAUAAGAAUAAAUCUUCUCUAUCAUACAUGCUAUUGAGAUGUUCUUAACUUUAAAAUAUUAGGAAGAAUUAGGAAUUAUUUUAUAUAAAGUGUUUUUCAUACCAGUGGCAACGCCAAAUAAAUCUGUGACUAUAAUGGGAGUCGUGUUAUUCCAACCAGAUUUGAUUUGGAAACUCAAAAGACUUGUGAACCGUAGAUUCAGUUGACUAUAAAUAUAGAAAUUGUAUCUAUAUAUUCUUUAAUGUUGAAAAAUUAAAGGUUGAAUAACUACAUGAGCACUUGAGCUAUUAAACAUGUGUUUUCAAUUGACAAAAGCACUCUUUAAAAAAUAAUAAUAAUUUUUAAUAUGCAUUUAUAUGUAUGGGGACUCUGGAAAGAUCUUGUAAUUAUUUUUUUCAAUGCAAUUUUUCACUGCUGUGAGAACCACAAACUAAGUUUAAUUCACCUCCAAUGUACUGGAGUGGCAGCAGAGAACUUGCAAACCUUAUUAUUUGGUUGAAACGACUCUUAAAAGUGUUAACUAAAGGUUAACUGUACUAAAGCAGGCUCGACGUUUUAGAUAAAUAGAUUUGUACAUCAUUAGCCUCCAAAAUAUCAUCAGAAUUAACUUAUGUUAAUAGACUGUGCCACCAUGUGCUUAGACAUACUAGCAUGAGAAGAUCAUAUUUAAAACUAAGUGAUAAUAAUAAGAAGAGCAUGGAUAUGUAAUGCUCGUGUUGCUCAUACAUCGUUUGUAAUCCAUGGCUGACUCCUAAGUAAACAUUGCCUGGUUAAUUCAAUAUGUACUUAGUUUAGUCCUGAAGUGAAAUUAUUACUAAAUACAAAUGCAGUAAACUUUUUCUACUCAACAUGAGCAUAUAUUCAGGAAGUCUUUAUUGCCAAACACACACUGUUUGUUACAGUAAACUGCCUCGAAGUCUCUGAAGUGAGUUAUUCAGUGGACGUCUCAUUGGUUUUCCCUCGAUGUGCUUCGAUGUUGUUCGCAGUGAAAUGCAUGAUGUUGUUUUGGGUUUGCUGUGUUUGGAGAAAUAAUGGAGACCCUGGAAACAGAGAUUGUAAUAUUCUUUGAUACUUUUUGAGAUUUCUUCAGUCAGCAGGUAACAUGACGAAAAUCACCUUUCUGCCGACAUCAGUGAUUCUUCUAUCAAGGGUUUUCAUUAGUCUACUGUAGAGACGUCAUUAGUGUUCAACAGCUCAUAUCGACACUCGGCAUGCGUUCAGUUUUUCUCUCAUUAAAAACUCGCCUACCUGCAGUUUUUAAACCCAGUGUGUGUUCUUUUAACUGGGGGGUUGUGAUACUGAGGAAGAAGAUGGAAAUUGUUGCCUGUUUGUAUGAAGGCAGUUUGGAAAGGUUGAUUCUUUUUUGGCAAAUGGAAAUGUGCAGAAGUGAAGGCAGAAGUGUCAAAUAUGUUUCUCUUCACAUGUAUUAAAAAGUCUUGAAGGAGUUCUUUGUGGUCGUUGGUUGGCUGAAACGGGUUCGCUGACUGUUCACUGCAUUUGCCUUAAGACAUCUUUUGCUGCUAAUCCCACUUGGUGGUCAUUUAAUCUCUUGUUCUGUUCCCAGAUCUGUUUAUAUCUGACUUUGUGUAUUAAAAGUGUUGUAGCAGGUGAUCCUGCAUCAGUUCUGUUGACAAUCAGUGUAUUAUGGACACCACCUUCAAAAUAGCACAACAGCGUUUAUAAAAAAAAAAAAUACAAAAAAGCAACGUCUUGACAGAAUGUAUUUCACCACCUUCUUCAUUGUGCUGUUGAUAUUCUCCGUUUUACACCUCAACUUUGAUGAUUACUUCACUCGUUUAUUCAAAGGGAUCAUUUUUGCUUUAUGUUCACCUCAUGUGAGUGAGGGCGCAAACAUGCUCAGUGUUUUAUUUUCUUCGCUAUGGGUUUGACGACAAUAUAAGCUCUCAGUACCACAGUCUGUUUUUGACAAAGCAGCUAAAGCUCAAUCUGAUGUUCUGAUGUAUUAAACAGUUGAUUAAGUGUUUAAUAAACAAACUGAUUCUA